AUGGCAGAACGCUUGUUGGAACAAAAACGGGCAAGCUCUCUUUAUGUGGCUGAGCACGACGACAAACUCACUAAUUUAACAACUCAUCAGUGGUGCUUGAUGGAACAGUGUGUAAAACUUUUAAAGCCAUUUGAAGAAAUAACUAAAAUCACAAGUUCUGGCCUUUCCUGCAUAUCAGAAGUUAUACCGCAUGUAGCUGCAUUAAAAAAAUACUUAGAGAAGAAUGGGACUGCACAACGAACAGCUGACUUGCCUCGAUUGAGAGCUUCCUUAACAGCUGAAUUGGAAUCUCGCUUUAGCUCCUUGAGUGAAGAUCCGACUUAUCUUAUUGCAACUUUCUUAGACCCCAGAUUUAAGACAAACUAUUUGGGAACACUUGAAGCUGAAAGAGCGCGACAGAAGAUCUUAUUGGAGUACCUAAAAAUGACUUGCGACGAGUCUUCUAACAGUGGUAGUUCAUCGGCGUCUCCAAUACCUACUAAAAGAAAUAGAGGAAAUGAAACUGAUCUAAAUGUUACUUGCGAAUCUCACGACACCUUUUGGGAUUGUUUCGAUGAAGUAUCAAAUGAAAACAAUAGUCAAUGUCGCGAUCAGGGAAAAAACACAAUUGCAAACGAGAUUGACUACUAUUUGAAGACAAGUCGAAUUGAUCGCCACCGCGACCCUUACACUUGGUGGUCAGUUAACUCGAAACACAUUUGA